AUGUCGUCCGAUCCACAAAGCCCGUCUGGCCUAGAGCCCAGGCCGAGUAGCCUGGCUGAAGCACUUGAUCACCUAGAAGCCGUUGCUUAUGUACCCUCAAAGAAGCGAUACACUGAUGCUGGUCAACUGGCCAAAACAAUCGCUUCGAACGCUUAUGAAAGCGGCAUCAGCCUGUCUGCACUGGAGCGAUUGAUCCACAUUUUGACACGAAAUAAUUACCUUGAUCAAGGAACAAUUACUACCUUGAUAAGAAAUCUGUAUCCGACAGACAGGAUAUCUUCCAAGGUUGUCACGCAGGUCGUCUGUUCCCUCGGUCCCAGCAAGAACAAGCCGAGUCCUGCUACACAGGCUUCCCUGCUGCGAUGGCUCAUACUCGUCUACGAAUUCUGCGAGGACAGGUCGCAUCUCACUAAACUUUAUGCAGUGCUGUUCAAUCACCUUGAUAUGAUCAGUCUCCGCAAGCCGUUAUGCCAUUUGCUUUCGAUCAUCACAAGGCGGAAGCACGUCAAGCCCUUUAGGAUACAAGCUCUUAUGGAACUGGUCAAUGCUGCCGGCGCGGAAGAAAAAGAACUCAUCGGCUUGCUUAAUGUUUUCAAGAAUUAUUAUCCAGACAUCAUCGUGGGUGACCUCGGGGCUUUGAGACGGAGAGCCUUGGUCUUCAAGCAUCCUGACCCCGAGUGGACUAGUCACGCAAGGCUUCUUCAAGACAGAAAUUUGGAGCAAGUACAAGUGGCACAGUCGUCAAGCUUUCAAGUAGUUCAUCGUGGAGCAGCGAAGAGAGGAAAAAUGGAAGUGAUCGUUCCUGUUCUCCAGACAUCGAGGGUGUCAUCCAACCGCACCUCUUUAGAAGAACUGCGGAGCAUCGACCACUUGGUUGAAAAGCUCGACCGGAUUGAGCUUCCAAACCAGAUUAUAUCCGCAAUGGCAGACAGCAUAGCUCAGAAGUAUCUAUAUCUGGCUCAACCGGAGUCUGCGAGGCUCCGGUUAGAUGAUUGGCUGAGCAGCUUUUUUGACGAACUGUUGGAGCAUGCUCAAGAUGAAGAACCGGGUACGUCAGAAUCUCUAGGUUACAUCUUGAGUCUCAUCGUGAAUUAUGUGCGCUAUACACAGGAUAUUCCUGCGUCAGUCCAGUCUUUUCUAAGACAAUAUCUCUCGACUUGGAAUGGCCGUGACAACAAAGAAGAGGUUCUCAGUCUUCUUGAGUACCUUCCCAUUCAGGACUUCGGUACUUUACGAGCCAACUUUCUGACUCCUCUAGAGGCUGCCAUACUGGGCAGCGGACCAUUCUCCAUGACAGUCAUUCUUGACUUUUACUCUUCACUUAUUCGGCAAUGGGGCGUGAAACUGAGGGCGUCACCUUCAGUCUCUGCAGAAUCAAAACCGUUGGGGCGCCUAAUCACACAUGCGGAACUGCUGGCAUUGUCAGUACUAGAGAGUCUUUCGGUGCGUUCCAAUACCGACAAUGAGGAACCUCGCAAACCGGCCGUCCUGUCUGUCCUUGAGUUCUACUGCGUUCUAGCCGACCUAUUCUCUUACGCGUCCGUGAAUGGCCAGAUCCGUCUUACUAUUCCUCUAGCUCCGACAGUCUACACUCUCGUUUUCACACCGAUUCUCUCAAGCAUCUCUAUCAUUAGCUCCGUUCUUGCCAGCUACAAAAUGUCCUUCGAAACAUCUCUGACUUCCGAAAUUCUUCAAGUACCAAACUCUACAGAUUCGCUGUAUCCGACUGAAUUGGUGGGCCAAUUCAACGGCUACGUCAUGGAUGUCUGCAAUCUGGUUUGGCGAAAUCGAGGGCUCAAUGGCGACGAUCCAAACGCACUCGGCUGUCUCCUACCAGCCGCUACGACGAGUGCGCUCACACAAUACACUCGGGAAUUGAACGAGGCAUCCCGAGACAGGAAACGCGAUUCUUCGUUUUUCUUCAACCUAUCUUCCAUUUUCUCUCUCAGUUACCAUGUAGCCCUGUGCAACAUGUCAGCCGGUUGCUUCACUGGCAUAGAGGAAGAGAACAACAUCACCGAGGGCAAGCCCAGAUUGAGGAAACCCGUGACCCAGAAAGCACUGAGUGCACUUGAGAAAGACGGUGGUAUCAAAUUGACUUGGCAGGAGUACAGGGUGCGCAUGCUUGACUGGCUAGACGCCACAGGAAGCCGUGGAAUUGGGAACUUGAUGCGCAGUACGAUGAAAGCUUUACGUAAGGAAUGA